AUAGAGAUUUGCAUGUGUGCCCAGCAAAGCUCUAGUGCUGGCUGUGCCACUGACUCAUGGGGUAGCCUUGGGCAACUCAUGUCUUCUCUCUGGCCUGCCACCUGUGACUUUUAAUUAUUGGGGUCCCUUUCAAUGCCACGGUUCUGUGGUGGUUGUGGGGUGAGGGCAGAGGGUUGAUCACCAAAGUGUUCCUUUCUGUUCUUCGCUCAUGCCUUUCUCUACUGCCUCUGGCCAUAGUAUAAUCAAUGAGGAGCUGCAGAGGAAGAACACCAAACUGGAAGAACAACUUAGACUCCUGCAGUCUGAGAAGUUCAGCAUCCAGCUCUAUGUCCAGGAGCUACAAAGAAAGCUGAAUAGGGCCAAGCUCCUGCUGCCACAGGAGCAGCUACAGGAGGAGGUCGAGAACCUGAAGCAGGAGCUUCACAGACUGAAAGGAGAGCUCCAAGAACAGGUGGAUGAAAAUAAUCGCUGGAAACGCCUCUACCAGGAGCAGGAGGAGAAGAUCUGGAAGGGGGAGGAGCAGAUACAGGAGGGGGAGCAGAAGAUACGGGAUCAGGAGCAGAAGAUGAGGCAGCAAGAGAAGAUGAUGCAGGAGUGGGAGCAGAAAAUAUGGGAGCAAGAACAAAAGAUGCAGCAGCAGGAGCAGAAAAUAUGGGAGCAGGAAGAAAAUUGCAGGCAGGAGCAGGAACAAAAUAUGCAGCAUCUGGAGCAGAAGAUUCGGGAGCAUGAACAGAAGAUGCAGCAUCAGGAGCAGAAGAUGAGGGAGCACGAACAGAAAAUGCAAAGGCAAGAGGAGAAGAUUCGGGAACAGAAACAGAAGAUUUAGGAGCAGGAGGAAAACAUUUGGGAGCAGAAGAGGUGUUGGGAGCAGGAAAAGAUGCAGGAGCAGGAGGAGAAGAUGAGGGAGGAAAAGAAGAGGCUGUCGGAUGAGAAGGAGCGGCUAAGGGAGCAGAAGAAGAAAAUGCAGGAGGAGAACAAGAGGCUGAGGGAGUGGGAGGAGAAGAUAGAGAAUCAGGAGGCAAUGAUGUGGGAACAGAAGAAACUGAGGGAGCAGGAGAUACGGGAGAAGGAAAGGAGGUGGGAGCAAGUGGAGCAGAUGGGAGAGCAGAAGGACAUGGUGUGGGAGAAGGAGAAGAUGUGGGAGGAGUAGAGGAUGUGGGAAUAGGAGAAGACAAUGCAGGAGCAGAAUUGUUGUAAAAUACUUGCUGGGUGUGGUGACUCAUGCCUGUAAUCUCAGGACUUUGAGGGGCCGAGGCCGGUGAAUCCCCUGGGAUCAGGAGUUGAAGACCAUCAUUGUUAACAUGGUGGACCUGGGAGGCAGAGAUUGCAGUGAGCCGAGAUCAUGCCACUGCACUCCAGCCAGGGUGACAGAGAGAGACUCUGUCUCAAAAAAAAAAUAUAUAUAUCCAUAUAGUGGUAAAAUACAGUUAAUAUCAAAUUUACUAUUUUAAUAA